AAGUAAAUCUUGAUGACUUUCUAUUACCAGAAGAAAUAGAAAACACUACUAAUCCUAUUCUAACCUUAGAAUCAGAAAUAGAAGACACUAUCGAUUUUAAUUUGACUGUAGAACCAGAAAUUGAAAACUUAGAAGACUCUAUUACUAUUUUCCUAACUAAUGCAUCUCAAACUAUUCAGCUAAUGACUAAAAGCCUAACCAACCUGUUUAGUGCUGGAAACUCGGAAAACCCAAAUAGACAAGAU